AUGGCUAGUCCGCGAACGCGACGUAUCAUUCAAGACAUUCGAGCUGUUCCGGGAAAUAACAUCUGCUUUGAAUGUGGCGUUAGUAAUCCUCAAUGGGCCAGUGUGACGUAUGGAAUUUGGCUUUGUCUGGAUUGUUCUGGUUUGCAUCGUGGUUUAGGUGUACACGUCAGUUUUGUACGAUCUACGACAAUGGAUAAAUGGAAAGAUAGUGAGCUGAGUAAGAUGAAAGUUGGAGGCAACGCAAAAGCAUUAGAAUUUUUAAAAAGUCAAUCAGAUUACCGAUCAAACUGGUCACUUCAGGAAAGAUAUAAUUCGAGAGCUGCUGCUCUUUUAAGAGAUAAGGUGUUAACAGAAUCAGAACACCGCGAAUGGUCAGUCGAAACGUCGCCAGCAAGAAAUUAUAUUCCAAAUACUUCAUCACUACAUUCACAGAUCAAUGGAAACAGCAAUUCGAAAAAUUUAACUUCUUAUUAUGGAGGCAACACGAUUCAGAUUGGAAACGAUUCAUAUCAUUCUGAUUAUGAUAAUUUUGGAAGUCGCUAUCAAGGUUUCGGCAAUGUUCAGAUGAACAAUGGUGAUCCACCCAAUGAAUUGCUGUCCGGUGCUUUAUCAUCUCUUUCUAUGGGUUGGAAUAUGUUAAGUAAGGGAGCAACAACGGCUGCUUUGUAUGCCAAAGAUAUUAGUUCACAAGCAACAGCAAAAGCUACCGAAUUGAGUGGAAGCGUCCGAGAGGGAACAUUGUUGAAUAAACCAGCUUUGGGAAGUUUAGCACAGAAAGCUACCGAAAUAGGGUCAAAAUCAUGGACGGGAAUAUCAAAUUUUAUCAGAAGUCCAUCUCUGCAAGGUUUUGUUGUGCUGGGAAAAAGUGAAUACCAAGACUUAGCUACACCAGACAACCAAGACAGUCGACUGUUUGAGCAACACGCAAGCAAUUACCAGACAUGCAGAAAUAAUUCAGUUGAAUGUAAUCCUCCAAAAUCUUCAAUCAUAUCUGAUUUCGAUCACGACAGUUCGAUUCAGCUAAGCUCGGCAGCAAAUCCAAAGCAAUUUAUCAGUAAGACAUCAGCAAGGACAAAAAGAGAGCAAACGCCUCCAUUAAUCGAUUUUUCUUUGUACGACGAUAAAACUAUUCGCGUACAAGAAAGCCCAACUACAAUAACCAAAACUACGAUAAACAGAAAGAAGGCAGCAUCCAACAAGGAUUGGGACGAUGAUGCAUGGGAAUUGUUGAAUCAAUAA